GUUUAAAAUCAUGUUUUCUUGGAUUAUAAGACAAGUCUGAUGUCUCAGAACCAUUCAUAUUGUAAUGGUCCUGCCCUACUCAAUAGAUUCGCCUUGUCAGCAGGUUUGGCAAGCGCCACUACAACAAUUUCACCACUGCAGACAUCAUCCCGCCCUACUUCCACUUGACUCUACAUAAUUUAUCACACCUAUUUCCCAUCAAAUAUUAUCAGGAACUCAGCGACCUCACAUAUUUUAAUAUCAUUGAUCAUCUUAUUCCCCUAAUUAUUAAUGGCAUAUAUAUUUCAAAAUAUCUUGCCGAAUAACAGAACUUUAUCCCCCACCGCUAUCAUCUUAUGAAAGACUGUACCACAGCCAGCCCUGGAACCUAUAAUAUCUCCUCCGAUCGUACCAUUAUACUAUACGCACAAAGGCAGUUGGGUCUUGGUAGUGCCACAUAGUCAUGCCAGAGAAGCACGAGUUUGAUGUGAGAACACUCAGACGAGGCUCACAAAGUUCUGAACUGGAACGACACAGCCUACCGCCAGACAUUUAUGAUAGUCCGAGACCAUCAGUGUCUCCACCCCCAUAUUGUGUACAAGAUGAGUAUCCUCCCUGUGACCCAGGACACCUCUCGACUACAGAUGACCCGUCAAACGAACAACUCGCGACCACUACAAAAAUCCAUGAUCCUGAACAGUACCCACAAGUUCUCCAACGGAGAAAAAAUUAUGACACCGUCAACCUCACAUACAGACCGGGCAAGCAACCUCCCAACAACAAGAUUGGCGCUCGAAGGAAUCGCGGCCACUUCAGAUCUGAGAUAUGGAAGUCUUCAGAAGAGACCCCCAGGCUGAGAACAAUACAAACUUCCAAGCCGAGAAGAUACUUCUCCCGCACAUUCCCUGCCGAUUCUCUCACGCAGCCACAUCUCGACCAAUGCUAUAAUCGGCCAUAUGGAUUCUGUCUAAGAACCCCGCUUCAAGAGGAACAUGAAAAUACAAAAUCAGCUCAAGAUCUAUGCCUCGAACUAGAUCAUCUACAGAAGCAAAUACGGUAUUUAAAAUCUGCCGUCAUACCAGUUGAGAAAGAAUUUCAUUCACCAGCUGCACAAUUACCAAAAUACGGCAAUGAUGAUCCACAGUCGGAAAUUCUCAUUAUGGCUGAAAGAGAACGCAUGAUAUCUCAGAGAAUGCAGUGGCUACAAAACCAACUGGUGAUCAUAUGGCGAGAGGUUGAAAGAACGGAGCGUGCGCAUAAGUACACCGUUGAAGAAUUGACAAGGGUUAGUGACUCAAAUGAUCGACUGGCACAGCCGUUUAGAGAUAUGGCCAGGGCGAUGAAUGAAAGAAAUUUAGGAAGAAGAUGGUUACAAGGGAAAAUACCGUGGGCUAAUGCUGUGCAUAUCGGGAGUGAGGUGCCGGAUUUUGCUAUGAUUUUGACACGGGAGCGAGUUAUGACAGAGGGACUUUGAUAUGUACAUAGGUUGACAUGGUGGGCGGAAACAGCGAUUAGUAUUCAUUCUUCAGCGUUCACUAUCAAUUGGAAUAUUCUUGACCACUAGGAACUGAGACUCGGGUAGCCUGCCGUAUCGAUGUGACAGGUGAAAUGUGGCU